CAGGUGGAGAGGACCUCUGCUCUGGAGCAAAGCUGAGCUGGAAGCAGCCUCAGACAGGCAGACUCUCUGGAGAAGUGAGAAGAUCGAGUCAGAAGGACAUGGAACUGUCAGAUCCUCCUGUAGACACAAAAUCAGGGUGAGGUUGGUCCCAAUGGACAGAAAUGGAAUGGCGCCCCCAGAGGCGGAGAGAGGUGUGUGGAAACUGAGGCAGAGGAGACACAAGGACAUUUACUCCGUGUGUGUGCAGCAUGCUGACAGAAAUCAACUAGAUGUCAUCCGUGGGCAAGAUGACAGCGGGCGGUUUUUCUUCUUUAGUUCUUAUUGUUUCCAGUGAAGACCACAGGUGACUUGAAAAUCAGAAUGGGACAUUAAUACUAUCAGGUUAAAGUCAAGAGCAAAGGCGAGACCUCCUGGGAAGGAUGCUGUCAUCAUGGCCACAUGCAGUCACAGAGAAAGCAGAUGACCAUCACACUGGCCUCCUGGGGACACACCCGACAGCCCGGAAUGAGGCUCCAAUUAGAGGGGCUGAAACAAAACAGGAAGUCAAAUUCAGAAAACAAAAGUGGAUGCUUAGCUGAGGCAGUAGGAAGUCAUUGGAAGGAGAAAAACCAGGCGUCUGGAUAAACAGGAACAGUCACAAGGAAGUGACUACGUGACCUGUGCAGCCACUAGAGUGGUAUAAAAAGGGCCGGGCUCAGGAGGCUCCACACUGCACUCCUCCCUCUCUCUCCACCUGCUCCUCGGACCCCUCCAUCCUCCAAACAGAACCAUGAGCUGCUGUGACUGCUCCGGAGGCUGUGGCUCCUGUGGGGGCUGUGGCUCCAGUGGCUGUGUGCCCGUGUGCUGCUGUGUGCCAGCCUGUGCCUGCCCCAGCUGUGGCUCCUGUGGGGGCUCCAAGGGGGGCUGUGGUUCCUGUGGGGGCUCCUGUGGGGGCUGUGGUUCCUGUGGAGGCUCCAAGGGAGGCUGUGGUUCCUGUGGAGGCGCCAAGGGAGGCUGUGGUUCCUGUGGGGGAUCCAAGGGAGGCUGUGGUUCCUGUGGAGGCUCCAAGGGAGGCUGUGGUUCCUGUGGAGGCUGUGGUUCCUGUGGAGGCUCCAAGGGAGGCUGUGGUUCCUGUGGGGGCUCCAAGGGGGGCUGUGGUUCCUGUGGAGGCUGUGGUUCCUGUGGGGGAUCCAAGGGAGGCUGUGGCUCCUGUGGAGGCUGUGGUUCCUGUGGAGGCUCCAAGGGAGGCUGUGGUUCCUGUGGGGGCUCCUGUGGGGGUUGUGGCUCCUGUGGAGGCUCCAAGGGGGGCUGUGGUUCCUGUGGGGGCUCCAAGGGAGGCUGUGGCUCCAGUGGCUGUGUGCCUGUGUGCUGCUGUGUGCCAGCCUGUCCCUGCUCCAGCUGUGGCUCCUGUGGGGGCUGCCAGUCCAGCUGCUGCAAGCCCUGUUGCUCCCAGUCCAGCUGCUGUGUCCCUGUGUGCUGCCAGUCCAGCUGCUGCAAGCCCUGCUGCUGCCAGUCCAGCUGCUGUGUCCCUGUGUGCUGUCAGUCCAGCUGCUGCAAGCCCUGCUGCUCCCAGUCCAGCUGCUGUGUCCCUGUGUGCUGCCAGUCCAGCUGUUGCAAGCCCUGCUGCUCCCAGUCCAGCUGCUGUGUCCCUGUGUGCUGUCAGUGCAAGAUCUAAAGCUUUUUCAGGUCUUCAGGUUUCUCAGUAUUUGUGACAAUCCUUUCUUGGUGUCCCACUGAAC